CUAGGAAUUUCCUGUGUGAUGCCAACUGGGAACCACUCAGUUUUUGAACCAAAAUAUCCUAAAUCAUCUGUUCGUGACCAAACCGUAUCUACAUAUACCUUCUAUAGUUUGUGUCUAGGAACUUCCUAAUUCUAGCUCAAACAGUCAUCUUCCCAUCAUCACAAGCUGAAAUGUCGAGCGCAGAUUCCGGAGGUGCCUGGCCGUGGUCGUGGCUUGCUAAAGCAGCGAAUGAUGCAAUUCCUAGAGCUACUGCAACACUGCUUGUCAUUGUAAUAGCAGCUCUUACUUUUUUCUCUUUGUUGAGGAGGCGAAACCACACAACGGCUCCAUUGCCUCCAGGGCCCCGAGGCGUGCCAUUCUUUGGGUACCUCCCAUUCCUAGGGACUGAUCUCCACCGGAAAUUCGCUGAAUUGGCCGAGACAUACGGCCCCAUCUACAAACUCCGGCUCGGAAGCAAAUUAUAUAUUGUGGUCAAUUCUCCGUCGCUGGCCAAAGAAAUUGUGCGGACCCAAGACAUGACGUUUGCCAAUCGGGACCCGAACAUUGCCAGUGUCAUUGGAACAUACGGCGCAAGGGACAUUGCCUUCUCAAGCCAGGGCCCUUAUUGGAGGAAUCUCCGCAAACUGUUUGUACGGCAGUUGAUGAGCAACACAAGUCUGGACGCCUGUUACGGUUUGAGAAGGCAGGAGGUCAGGAAAGCUCUGAGUGAUCUGUAUAGAAAACCCGGGGUGCCGGUAGAUAUUGGCGAAUUGGCCCUUCUGAUCUUGCUUAACAUGGUGAUGGCAAUGCUGUGGGGAGGAACGCUUCAGGGAGAAAAGGGUGAAGCCAUGGCCUCUGAGUUUCGAAAGGUGGUGGCCAAAUAUAUGGUGCUCUUAGGUAGUGCGAAUGUUUCGGACUUUUUCCCGGCACUCGCUUGGCUUGACCUGCAAGGAGUGGAAAGGGAGAUGAAAAGCGUGCAUCAGUGGUUGGAUGGUUUUAUUCAGCCGAUUAUCGAUUGGGCCACCAAAGAAACAACAAAUGAACUAUUCAAGCAGAAGGAAGGAGAACCUAAAUGCAAUGAACAGAAAAAGGACUUUUUGCAUAUUUUCCUGGAUAUGGAGAUAAAUCUUGAAGAUGACCAGUCACCAGUGGACAAGAAUGUAGCACUCAAAGCCAUUCUUCUGGACAUUGUAAUCGCAGGAACCGAUACGACUUCAACAAUGGUCGAGUGGGUGAUGGCAGAGUUGUUGCAGAACCGAAAUGUGAUGAAUAAAGUAAUCCACGAAUUGACAGAAGUCGUGGAGGAUGCAAUGGUCGAAGAGCAUCACUUGCCCAAAUUAAAGUACCUCAACGCGGUCAUUAAGGAGGCAUUUCGUUUGCACCCGGCGGUGCCCUUAUUGUUGCCGCGGACCCCAAAUGCUUCCUGUGUCGUCGGGGGUUACCUGAUACCAAAGGGCAGCAAUAUAUUCUUAAACAUGGGUUAUAUCCACAGGGACCCCAAGAUUUGGGACAAACCAUCGGAGUUUAGACCCGAGAGGUUCUUGGAAGAUCCCAGCAAAUAUGAUUUCUCGGGCAACAACUUUGCAUACAUGCCGUUCGGUUCUGGCCGGAGGAUGUGUGCAGGGCUUGCGCUGGCAGAGAGGAUGCUACCGUAUGUUUUAGCCUCUCUUUUGCACUCAUUCGAGUGGGAAUUACCGCCAGGGUUUGAGCUGGAUUUAUUGGACAAGUUCGGCAUUGUGGUCAAGAAAAUGAACCCCCUGGUUGCCAUUCCAAGACCGAGAUUGUCCGCUCCGGAGCUCUACAUGUCGGGAUAAAUCUUUCAUUAGUCUCAAGGCUUUUCAUUUCAAUUCUACGAAAUAAACGUAUCCUGCCAGUAUCAAUCAUGGUUUAAGCGUCUACUCAAUUGGACCUGGGUUUGAAAAAAAUUUAUGCUGCUUUUGUUUGUAAUAGUAGAAAGAAUUUCUAUUAUCUAUUGGUUCCUCAGGUCAGUUAGACCAGAAGAUUAGGUCAUAUGAUUUAAGAGCAAAACGUUGCGAAUCUUGCAUAUAUAUUCGACCACGGAGUUCUGGAGGAGGUGGUCUGCUUGCGC